AUGGCGGGAGGAGGGAAUCGGAGGGACGACGGAUCUCUGGUGAUAAACAGCACGAAUGUGUUCGCGGCGCUGGGUUCUCUGAGAAAGAAGAAGAAGUCGGAGAAGGAGAGUUCGUCGUCGUCGAGGAGCAAAGGGGCGUCGAAGAAGGCGGAGUCGACGGAACAGCCGCAGGUGUUUUGGGCUCCGACGCCUCUGACGGUGAAAUCUUGGGCCGACGUUGAUGACGAGGAUGACGAUGAUUAUUAUGCCACCACGGCUCCGCCUCAAUCGGGUUGGGGGCCGGCGGAUCCGCCCAAGGCUAAGGAGAGUGUGACUCCUGUAGAGGAAAGUGAAAGUGAAGAAGAAGGUAUUGAUGAAAUUGAUGAUGAUAACGAGGAAGAGCAUGAGAAUGAACAUGAACCUGAGGUACCAGUGGAAAAAGAGCCAGUCAUUAAGAAGCCUCCUGCAGCUUCUUUGCCACCUAAAGAUACAGAAAGGCAGCUUUCAAAGAAGGAAUUGAAGAAAAAGGGGCUGGAAGAACUAGAUGCUGUUCUUGCUGAGUUGGGUUUGAUAGAGAGCUGUGGCCAAGAUGAAUCCCAUGGUGCUGGGGAAGAGAAAAAGGCAGAGAAUCUCAGUGGAGAGUUAGAAAAGAAGGAGAAUGCUCCUGGAGAGAGCAAAAGUGCAAAAAAGAAGAAGAAGAAGGAUAAAGCUUCAAAGGAAACUAAAGAACCACAAGACCAGCCAAAUGAUGCUGAGGAAGGAAAUGGGAUGGAAGAAACUACUGUGCCCGAGAAGGCAGAAGAUGCAGCUGCUGUUGACAUGAAAGAGAGACUAAAGAAAAUGGCAUCUAUGAAAAAGAAAAAAUCAAGCAAGGAGUUGGAUGCUGCUGCCAAAGCCGCUGCUAGUGAGGCUGCUGCAAGGAGUGCAAGGCUUGCUGCUGCAAAGAAAAAGGAAAAGAAUCACUACAACCAGCAGCCUGUGCGCUAAGAUCCUUAAUCCUUCUCUCUUCUUUCACAUGUAUGAGCAUGUAUCCUCUUGUUCAUUUGUUGACUGGAAAAUAAUCAUUGGGAUAUUUUCGAAUGACUUUUAAUAGGAGACUUUUGUUCUAAUUAGAAAAGAAUUAUGGUUCUCUCUUUCUCAA